CACGACUCAGUCUACAACUGGCCGUAAACGAGGCAGAACGCGCGCUGUGCCUUUGCCCGCGACAAAAAAAAAGUGAACAGUGAAGUGAAUUAAAAAAACAAAGUGACAUUUAUCUGAUACAGAGGUUUUUAAGUGUUACUCUUCGAAGUAAAAUUACAAGAAACUGAGAUUGUGUCAAGCAACGUCUAGUGAAUAGUGAUGAUUUGAAAGUGAAGAAAGUGAUGUAUUUAGCUGUAUAACAAUAAAAUACAAGGAACCAUGGGAUUGCAUAAACGUGGAAAGAAUGGUCUACUCUCGUACGAGAAUCCGAACUACCACUUGGAUCCAUCUCGACUAGAGUCUGCGAUAUACAGUGACCUGUACGAGAUGCACGACGAGAAAAACACUCCUGACGAAUAUGACAGCUACCUCGACAACAGGAGAGUCGAGGAUGAGGCAGCUUCGCCAGUUACAAAAACAAGUGACAAAAGUGGACUAAUCACACCGCCUCAAAAUGGCGGCGAAGAGUCCCCCCCACCAGAGAAGGAGCGAGCAGACCGCGAGGACUCCGAGAAGAGUCACUCAACCCCAGUGCCGCACUCCGCUGAGGGCCCAAAUGAUGACUUGUACGCAAUACCGGUCAAAUUGAGACCCAAAAAGGAACCCCAGCUGCCGCCAGGAUGGGAGAAACAUGAAGAUAACGAUGGCCCUUACUACUGGCACAUAAAAAGCGGGACCAUCCAGAGGGAGAUCCCAAAGAUGCCCCCCGUAGAAGCCAAGGAGUCUCGUAUUUCCAUGGUCAGGGACUGUUCCAAUCUGUCCGAAGUCAGCAAGUAUGAGGGCAGUAUGAUGACCAGCUCUGUGACUAGGAGUACCACCAGUGGAGCCCUGGACCACGAUGGACAGGAAGCAGAGAGAAAACGGAAAGAGGAGAUGUCCUAUAAACGCCGCAGUUUUCCUGCUCGUCCAGAGCCAGACAAUGGUCGUGCAGUCAGGUUUUUCGUCCGCUCUCUGGGUUGGGUCGAAAUCGCAGAAUCCGACCUGACUCCAGAAAGGUCCAGUCGUGCGGUGAACAAGUGCAUCGUGGAUCUCAGUUUAGGCCGCAACGAUCUGCUGGACCAAGUUGGACGCUGGGGUGAUGGCAAAGAUCUUUUCAUGGAUUUGGACGAUGGAGCUCUAAAGCUGAUCGACCCAGAGAGCCUGAACACAUUGCACACACAGCCCAUACACACCAUCCGUGUUUGGGGCGUUGGCAGAGAUAACGGCCGGGACUUUGCUUACGUGGCCCGCGAUCGUGCGACCCGCAAACAUAUGUGCCACGUGUUCCGCUGCGAGGCGCCAGCGCGGAGCAUCGCCAACGCACUGCGUGACAUCUGCAAGAGGAUCAUGAUCGAGCGCUCCUUGCAGCCCCCGCCGCGUCCCACUGACCUACCGGCCACCAGGCGACCUCGGCCGCUCUCUGUGGGUGCGGCGUUCCCUACGCCGAUGGAGGAGCCCCGCAAGACGGUGCGCGCGCUGUACCUGGGCAGCGCGGAGGUGGCGCGCGCCACCGGCAUGCGCGUGCUCAACGACGCGCUCGAGCGCCUCGCCGCCGCGCGCCCGCCCUCCGCCUGGCGCCCCGUCGCCGUCGCAGUCGCACCAUCCAUGAUCACCAUCACUGAUGAAGGGGACACAACCCCGAUAGUGGAGUGUCGAGUCCGCUACCUGUCGUUCCUGGGCAUCGGGCGCGACGUGCGACGCUGUGCAUUCAUAGUCCACACAGCGCAGGACCUCUUCGUGGCGCACGCCUUCCACGCCGAGCCCUCCUCCGGAGCACUCUGCAAGACCAUUGAGGCUGCUUGCAAGGUGAGGAACUUACCCACCAUGAAGACACUGCGUUAUCAGAAAUGUUUGGACGCGCACGGCGGGUCCGCGUCGCUGGGAGCGGGGCCGUUGGGCGGCGGGUCCGCUGGGUCGGACUCCUCCCGAGGCUCAAUUGGGGCCGCGCUCAAAUCGCUCGUGGGCUCGCUCACUGGACGCAGGGGCUCCUGAACUACACUCAACUCGCCGCACUCCGAUGACGAGCCACUACCGCCGGAGGAGUGCGGCCCGGCGGCCUGCGACGUGAGCGACAGUGCUGCCCCCGACACGCCAUAGUGUCACCGCUUGCCGCCAUUACGUCACGUCAUACUCACCGCUACUGUAUCGUUUUAACCGAGUAAUAUAACAUGAUGCGCCUUUACUCAACCAGGGAAAUUUCUAUCAUCUGAUAUAUAUGCAAGGUCUAAUAAAAAGACAGAGACAGAAUAAGGGAAGAGGUUGUUAAUACAGCCCGCGUUGACGUAAAAAAGAGCGCGAAUCGCCAUAUUGCAGCCAUAUUUGAAUCUUCUUCAACAACCAAACACGUUUACUUGUUAAAACGAUACAAAAUAAUUAUAAGCCGACUGAGAUAAUUGACUUAAUAAAAAACUAGCCAUCAUAGUUUUGCUUAACUUAACAUUGACGGAAAAAAUACCAAAGUCCGUCAAAUUAUCAAGACGGUUUAGUCGAUUUGACAAUUAGGACCUGGUAUUGUAAUACAUUUCAUACAAACUCGACUGCAUCAAUAAACAUAUCUAUUAGUUUUUUUACGCUAAUAGGCUCCCAUAUUUAGUGGAAAUAUAAAUAUAUAACUACAUAAAUAAUUACGUGCAAUAUAGCAAUAGACAUGGGUAAUUUUAUGGAUUAAUUUAAGUAAUAAUCACCAAGGUGUUUUUAAUAUUCCUGUUAUUUUAUUAAUUUUCAAAUUAAAUGUAACUGAACUUGUAAAUAUCGAUGUUGAGUGUGUUUGAGACUUUACAUUUCAAGCUAUCUAUCUUUAAAAGGUCUAGACUACCAAAACCGUGAAGUUACCAGUUAACUAAAUAAAGUUUUAAAAUUAAUUUAAUUAAUGUUAGAGUAAAUGUUAGUUGGUGUUUUAAAGUGACAGGUUAUAAUGUAUCGCGACGUUAGGCAAGCUAGCUUCUUCCAUUUCUAGACUUUUAAACGCCCUAAGUUCAACUAUGUAAGAUUUGUACUUAAACAGACUAUUACUAAAACAUUAAUUAAAUUAAAAUACUCCCAUUGUUAUCCUAACCCUGCCUUGCUUGAACCCUGUUGAAAUAUGUGUUACCUCGACUUGUAUAAAGCCUCUACUUGAUGUUAGACGUUAAAUUUUAAUUAAAAUUGAUCUAAUUAAUGUUUAAAAUGUAACGGAGAUUUUUCUAAAAGUUUGUCCCACAAACUGCAUAGAAUAAUGUUGCGUGACUUUUUAACAUUAAUUAAAGUUAGGAUUAAUGUUUUAGAAUAGAUACGCUGAUGUCCAGAUAUCAAAAAAUAUUUAGGGCUGAAGUUUGUAUUAAAUAAAUCGAUGUGUUGUCAAAUUCAAAUUUCGAAUUAGUCGUUCCAAAUGCGCGCAUUCCAAAUUUGAGUUUGAAAUUUUAUUGUUAGGAUUUACCAAAUUCUUGGUCUCUUGAAGGUUACCCUAUAAAUUACUAGUCCAUAGAAGUAGGUAUGUUAAGCUUUUGUAAAUUUAACGCUAUUUAUACAUAAAUUGAAACUGUGGCACAAUAUCUCGUCACAGAACACUAUCGAUGUUAACAUAGAUUUUGUGUAAAAUUAAUUGUAAGACUCAUAAACUGUUAGUACGGGAUGUCGGAAGUUCUUUGUAAAUAAUUGUAAACUUAAUGGGAGUAAAUAUAAGGUAGGUAAUGGAUUGAUAGUGGGGCAGUUCCCGGUCAGGACUGGCCCGGUAGGAGCACGCUAUGGAUAUUCGAUAGUCAAUCGUAUGCUGACUUAAAUAGGUGUAAUAUUGCAGUGUGUAUGGGAAGUAUUGGUGUUGAGCACGGUAUGUACCUAGAGAGUAAGGCAUCAAUGGUUUCCAAAAAACUUUGGUUCGUAGUAUAAUUGUAACGAAUAUAGGACCCUAUGAGUAUAAAUAAAGAGUUUAUUUUUGCUUAAGCUUUAAGAUAUUGAGGAUUUCGAUUGCUAAAGAUAAAUAUUUUUUGUAUGAUCACCUCAUAAGUAUUUAUAAUAUCUAUUUAUAUAUAAAUCUAAGCUUUUUGGGCGUAAAUUAUCCCUUUAGUUCCGCAUUGUGAGGGCUCAAAUUUAAAGUCAAAGUCUAAUAAAUGUAUGGAGACUUCAUGUCAAUAUUGUUCAGAAACUAGACUUUAAAUGUUGAGUGGUGGUAACAAUUACCAUCAAAUAAUUUAGAGAUCCAUUCAAAUCGCUAACCUCAUUGUUACAAGGGUGUUCGAAACACAUUGAGCUUUCAAUAUUAUAUAUUUAUACGUAAUAUUCAAAUCCGCUCGUAUUUAAAUUAGAAUAAAACAAAAUCCUUAAUUCGGCCAUUUUACGUGCAUUAAAUAUAAAACAAAAUGGCUGACGAGUUGCCAUGUGCGGCUUACGUAGAUUAGAACAUUUUCAUAAGGAGAGUUGUAACGAAAAAAGGGAAUUGGGACCCAUGAAAUAAAAAAAAGAUUUUCGAAUUAAAUUUGACUUUGCCGUAGUUGAAGUUGACCGAUUGACUUUUAAGACUUCAUAACCAGGAAAACAUUCAACUAUGGGAAGUGAAAUGAGUUCCAAAGUAAAUUGAAACGUAUUAUUACUUAAUUAAAAGUGUUUUUGUGUCUGUAACACUUCGACAAAUAUAGGUAACUUAAUAGAAUAUGAGGGAGAGAACGACCUUUGAAUAGGUAUGACGUCACUUUAUAAUUUAUUAUUCAAUGACUAAAAGAUGACACAUUUAAAAGACCUUUAAAUCGGAUAGCUAUUUAAAUGUCGUUCUGUUUCACUAGAAUAAGGCAUUCGAGUUAGAAUAUCACAAAAUAGCUUCAAAGUAUAUUUCAAAUAUUAGAGAAUCAGUGUCGCUUCACACUUAUAUAUAAAUACUUAAAUGAUACACUGAGCUGUUCUGUAAUACGUAAAGUUAGUAUAGUGUUAUUCACAGUCUAAUACUAAGUGAAAGUCAUUAUUUAUACAAAAAUAUAUAAAUAUUUAAGAGCGGGGUUUUUAUACAGGAUCGUUUAGAGGUAGGUUGGUACCUAUUUUCCUCUGGUUCCUGUAUGAGGGCUCUGUUCUCGCGACACAUGUGACAAUGCAAGCUUCAACGGCCUUUUAUGAGGUGAAGAAUGUCAAUAUUUUCUAUAAAGUAAACGUUUAUGUAGUUUAUUAGAUAGCUUGUGAAUUCCUGUUUUCUAGCUCACUGUUGAAUAUACGAUCAGGAAGAUGUUAUAUACAGUCAUCGCUUUGACAGCUUAAAAGCCUUCAAACUGUGGCUUUUAAUGAAUACUUUUGUGAAAUUAAUAAAAAAAUAUUCGUACACAUGUGUUUUGUUUGUUUAAACAUUCGAGACUUGUAUAAUACUUAGAUACCCCAAGUACCUACCCUACCUAUAUCCUUUUUGCGCAAAUACUAAAUACUUAUUAUAUUAUAGCUAAUCUCGCGGUUUCACUCGCUGCUCGGCUCGUACAGAUCGAAACGUACAGACGUUUUUAAGCCUGAAGCCUUCCUCGAUAAA